AUUCAUUAUCAAUGUUUUCUGUAUUUCACAGAUUCCUUCUACUGCAACAGGUUCUGCAGGGUUAAUAUACAAGCGAUGUUCUAAAUCGAAAUACAUCGCUCUCGUGGUAGAGAUUGGAAUGAGCAAAAAACAAGCAAUAAAAGUGAUGUCAACAUUAGCAUCUUAUAGAAUCAUGAUCCCAGUCACUGUGUUUGUGUACAGCGAGUUCGCUGAAGAAUGGCCCGAUCUUGUCAAAUCCUGGGCAACGACCUAUAACAUUGGUCUACGUGGAACUCAUCCAUAUCCACCCGGAAAUUUUGAAAAAAUGUCCCCCAAUUGGAUCAGAGAAGCUGUAGUAAGCGCAGAGUUGCUUCUUCAUGAGCUCGGCAUAAUUCCAAUGUAUUACCUGUUUGAUUCGGUUGAGGACGAUAAAAACGUAAUAGAAGUACUAACGAAACGAGGAUUUAGAAUUAUACGACCAGAAUCUAAUUUCCCACCAAAAUUUAAACACACUUUAACUGUUGACAAUUAUUAUAAAUUCCGUGAUGUCGAGAGAGUUCCUAAAGCGCUGAGAGUUAUCUAUGAGCAAUUGAAAGCGGCAAACGGUGGAAUACUAAGCCUUAACACAAACCUUCCCGAUACUUUCAUGAACCUUGUUUUCUUGCUGGAUUAUUUAGUUGAAAAUUCUGGUAGUUCACUUACUUCGUUAGAUAACUGUAUAACUUAGAUAUACAGUUCAGCAUUUGAAAGAAUUUUUUUUUAAAGAAAUUUUGAAAAAACGAUAUAAACGAGUGACGUCCCUGCUAACAAUCUGACGUUGUGAUACAGUUUAUGUGGCACUAUGAAUACGUAUUUAACGUAAUUUCGAAUUGAAUAACGUUGAUGGUUUUCAUGCCGAGCUAACUAGUGUAUUAUACCUAGACCUCUGGUUCUUAAUUAAUUUGUUUGAACGCCAAAUUAUUUUAGAGUUGAUCUAAAAAACGCCAAUAGACAUAUAUCAGGAAUAUAACCUAAAUUUAGAUGUGUUUACGUCUACCAAUGGUCAUAAAUCAGGAAACAGGACUCUGCAGUCCUUACAAUUUUAACAUGUCUAUGAUAAAGUCUGGGCUGUUUUGUUAAAUUUUGCAGAGCUAAUAAGAAUACCUUGGGAGUUUUUUUUUAAAGUUCUGUUUACAGGGUUUAACUUUAGAUCUGAGUGGGGUAACCCCUAAAUCAUAGCACACAGUGAAGAAUAGGACCCACGGAAAGUACCCAGUGAUCGAUUUUUGGUGCUAUUUAUUCCAUUUAUGGCCUACUGUAUAUCAUCUUGCCCAUUUUUAAACACUCCGUGCACAUUACAUAGGGAUUUCAUUUUUGUCUUUACUUUCUUGAAAAUGUAUUCAUCGAACUUUUAUCAUGUUUUUUUUUUUCCAUUAUUUUCUUUUUCCUCACGGGGCAAAUCAAAUUGCCUCAGGCCAUUUGACCCGCGGGCCGCCUAUUAAGAACCAGGUGUCUAUGUCCUCACAAUCAAGUUUGUAUGUGUCAAAUACCAGUGAUGUGGAUUGGAUGUGAUUUGCCAUCAUUAUGCCCAUAAAUUGGCAAAUCACAGAUAAGUGUUAAGAGUGGUAAUGAUAAUGUAAUAUUCACGCAAAAAGGAUUCUGAUAGUUGUUUCGUUUAUACAACGUUUUCGCACUGGUACAAGAAUUGUUUGAUUGCAUAUGUUUCCUCAACGUAAAAGAAGCGUGAACAGAAGACAACUCAAAUCAACAAUGAAACUUUCGCUUUUGUUUUUACUUCGUUCUGAACAACAAUGCCGUAACACAAAGAAAGCAGUUUGUACAGCAUCUAGGCUAUGUUAUCCAUCAGAAAACAUGGAUUUGAAGUAUCUUCCGUACCUGUGCAAGCUGAACAGAGAUCGAGGGCCAAUAAAUGUUAAACAAGUUAGAUCACUGCAUUUCAGAUAUACAGUAUGCCAAAAAUUUGGGGAAAAUUAAAUUCAAAUUUUGAAUGCUCAUUUAAAAUGUUCAAACAAGUUAUUAAUUUCCAACUAGAAACAGAUAAAAGAAAUUGCUGAUUUACAGAGAUAUUACUACAAAUAUCCUAUGAUUACCAGUCAAUUUAAAUGUUUAUGCUAAAGAAAACAACAAAUAUAAAAUACCUAACUGGUAUACCUAAUUAAUGUAAACAGAGGUAAUUAUUACGCUUAUUAUUAGCUCAUUUUUUUUUUAUAAAUGCUUGAUAAUUCAUAGCUUGCUAAUUGCAGGGGAUGCUGGAGGGUGGGGAAGGAAGGUGACAGUGGGAGGAUUCCAAAGCGAAGGGGACUUAGCUGACGAAAGGAGGUGAUCGGGAUGAGGUGAUUUUUAACUACUAAAAAUUGUAUGUACAGCAAAGUGAUGUAAUGGAAUUGAUCAGCGAUGAUUCUAAAUUUAGUAGUACACCAUAUGUUUACGACCUAAAUUUUCCGAUAGGCUUUUUUUUUAUAAUGUUUCUAAUAAGUACCGUAUAUUUUAUGUUAAUCUUAUAUUUAAUUGUAAAGUCUGGUAAAUAAAUAAUGAAUUGAAUGUUGAUGCAGCUGAUUAUACACUUGUAGGCACAUUCCAUCAAUGAGGUUUACAAUAUUUGCUUUUCACCGAAGUAAUUUAUACGACAGUUGAGUAGCUGCAGUGUGUGCUCUAAUUUAUAGCCAACCAAAACCGUAAAAAAUUGCAGUAAUUCAGUAAAUCAGAACACUAUCAUCAAAUUUCGUACCUAAGUUUGGUUUUAAAACUAACGUCAAAAACUAUAGAAUAGCAAGAGUUCCGACUGCCGAGGUUUCUUUGAAACGGAAUCCUAUCUCGAAAAAUACUGCCACGAACAAGUGGUAGGCUUAGCACUUUUUUAACGUUUCAUUGCGUGCAUACAAAAUCAGGGCAGUCGUAUUUCCUUUCCAAUCAUUGAACAAAUUUUUGUAUCAGUAAUGUAAUUCCUUGUUAAUCAGAUAUAUUAUCAUCAUGUUCGUUAAACGUUAUUAUAUUAAAAAUAUAAUUGUCUUCAUUUUUCAAAUACUGUAUGUCAAUGUAUUGUAUUGUUUAGUCUUGUUAUUAAAAAAAACAGUUGUUUUACUUUUUAUUAAAUUGUUAUUUUUUUAAAUAGAUAGAUAAAAAUAUGAUGAUCAUAUUCGGAAGAAGCUCUUUUUAAAUACUUUGGCUCAUAAGGAUCAUUUGUGAAGUAGUGUGUAAUACUAUGCCUACAUUUAAUAACAUCUCGUAAGUUUAGUACAGGUAUUAAUAAUCACCUGCAAAAUCAAAAAAUGACCUUAGUAAUUGAAAAGAAUGACACACCUAAGCUCGUGUUAUUAAAAAAAAUAUCUUUCAGUAAAGCUUACUUUUUUGUGGUGCAUUACCUGUAGUUAAGGACCAUAUCGUAUCAACUAGGCCAAUCAUUUGUUUUAAAAAACAUUUAAAUUCUAUUUACAGUUAAAUGAUUGUCAAUAAUUAUAGAAAUGCUUAGCUAUAUUGCUUAUAUGCGUGUGUAUAUACUGUACAUUCGUUUUACCAAACCCAUAGGCCUAUAUGGUUUAAUGCAACACAUUACUGUUAAAGUCCUGAAUGCGCCACUGAAUAGGUAGGCCUAGAAAUCUGUCGGGUGUAUGGUACAACGAAUAUAAUUAUUGACAUCUUGACUUACUGCCUGAUUGAUUGAUUCAUUCAUUCAUUCAUUCACCGAUUUGAUUUCAAUAAUUGAUUUAAGGGGUUAUGUGAUCGAUUAAUAUAUUGAUUGAAAUAAUGGUUUAAAUUGUCUAGUUUGAUUUAUUUCAUAUUCAUUAUGAGAUCCGUGGAGGCCCUUACGAAUUGAUAAUGAUUUGUGCUAUGGUAUACUUUUAUAAGGGUGUGCCACCAUUUGAAAUGGAAAUAAAUGUUUCUUUAAUUGAAUUGCUAAUGACUUUUCUUGUUUACUGCAAAUAAAAAAAAAAUCAUAAUA